UUAUUAUUUAUUAUUUAAUACUUUAUUAUUACUAUCAUUUUUAUUAUCAUUUUUAUUUUAUUGUUUUUAUUACGAGAUUCUGAGAAUUCUGAGAAUUGUGGAAAGUCUGGAAUUCAUUCACCUUUGAGAAAAAACGAGCUGAUUUUCAACAAUAUUCUUUAAUUUUUAUUUUCCCAAGUUUGCUUGUAACUUUCAAGCACCAUUUCUCUCGAAAUUAAAAUAAAAAUAGUCGAUAAGUUUGACAGAUAAGUUGAAUGAUAAUAUGGCUUUUGUUUUGUUUUUAUUUGCACACAGUGCAACGUUCGUUAAAUUGAUAACAAAAUGGCAGCAACUUUCGACACCAUUCGAUAACAUUUGCUAUCCUCUGAUAGCUUUGGGUGAUUGUUUAGAAUAUUACGCAAAUUUUCUGGAGUCUAAAGCAUAUCUGGCCUAUUUCUAACCCAAAUCUUAACCGAAUUUUGUUAAGAUCAUCCAAUGUUAUGUUAAAGUUAAACAGUGCAAAUAAAAUCAGAAAACUAACUUGCUAAGGUUCCACUUCUUUCUGUUUACUUGAAAACCGUUACGCAUUAAUAGAACAUUUCCAGCUUAAAUUGAAGAUAAUGCACCUAUGGAGACACCCUUGGAGAACUGUGUGAGGUGGUCGAAGGCUGUUUAUCUAGCUGUUAUCGAGCUGA